UUUUUUAAUUGGUAUUGACCGAUCGUUUGGCCAGGUUUAACCCCGACAGACAAUGGCGCAAGAAUUUGUGGAGACCAAACUUAGAGGUGACAGAGUGGUGAUUUUCAUGAAGCCGACGUGCUCGUACUGCAUAAUGGCGAAAGAGGUUUUACUAAAGUACAAGUUCAAGCCCGGGUGUUUAGAAUGUAUUGAUAUAAGCGGACGCAGUGACAUGAGCAAUAUGCAGGACUACUUCCUGGAGCUCACCGGGGCCCGCACGGUCCCGCGGGUGUUUAUCGGUGAGGAGUGUGUGGGAGGGGGCGUUGACAUCGCAGAGUUGGAGCAGAGUGGCAAACUGGAGGGUAUGCUGCAAUCCAUCGGAGCGCUGCAGUGACCUGCUGCAGACUCCCAGUCUCACCCCUUGUUAUUCCAUUUCCCUGGAUUCCUCCCCUUGCCCAGUCAGCAUGGUUUUCCACAGGGCGCAGCGUGUUGGACGGGGGGGGGUCACAUGACUAUGCAGCGGGACUUGCGUAGUUUACGUCGCCGCUGCUGGUAUUCACUGAGCUCCUGCAGAUAACCCCUGGACGGCCAACGCAACCUCUCCACAUGCUCACGCUCCUCAUCUGGAUCACACACACACACAAAACAGGUUCAUGGGAAUUUACGACAAACAAAAAAGAAUACAGAGGGAAGCAUGCUUUUUUUUCUGAUGUUAUUGCAGCAAUGUUUAUUGAGCUCACAGAGACACUAACUUACACACGCACACACACCAUAUCUCCUUUACUAUUUUCACAGAGUCAACACCGCUUAUACAAGUCUUGAUUCUGUUCUGUUUACACUAAUAGGGACCAAAAGACCAACACUGAUAAUGUGCUUUCUGCUCAGCUUCAUUGUUUAUUUCACACGUGCCCUUCAGUAGCCGUCCAUUUGACCUACUUGUAUAUGUGUAGUGUUUGCAAUAAAACAUGCUAAUGCUAC